AUGACUGAUGAUUCACUUCCAAUAGUGCCAUCUUCUGAUAGAUUAUUAUUAUCAAACAAUAAAAAAUCUUCUUCAUCUUGGAAUAUUGAUGAUUUACAACAUGAAGAUGAAUCAAAUAGUUCAAAUGAUUUUUUUUCUGUUUUAAAAAAAAAUGUUACUAAACAUGUCUAUUUGGAUGAAGAAUUAUCUAAUGAUAAUUGUUUAAAAAAAAAAGUAAAUCAAUGUUCAACAAUUCAUAUUGAUAGUAGUAAUUUAAUUUCACGUUGUAAAAAUUUUCUUCCAUUAUUAACUGAUGCUAAUCGUACAUUAUAUUCAAAAAUAAAAUCAGGUGAAAAUGUUCGUAUUGAAUUAGAUUCUGAUCAAGAUAAUGAAAAUGAUGGACAAACAAUUGAAAUGAAUUUAAUGUUUUGUCCAAAUGUUGAUACAUCAUCUGAAUCGAAUAAUAAUUCCGAUGAAAGUAGUGAUGAUGAUGAUAAUCAAACGAAUAUUAAAAUAUUAAAAUCUACGAAGAAAAAUAAUCAAGUUAAUAUUAUUGAAAUUCAAUCAACAAAUAACGAUAAUAAUCAAGAUGAUAAUAAAUCAGAAGAAAUUAUUAAUACAUAA